AUGACAACCAUAUUUGACCUUCCACCAGAGUGCUUGGAAUAUAUUGUUUUUCAGCUGAAAUCUGAUACUGCCACGUUAGCAAAGCUCCUUCGCGUCAGCCAUCUAUUCUUCAAAAUCACUGUCCCCGUUCUCUAUGCAGAUCCAUUCUCAACUUGUCUGUACUCGUCACGACCCAAGUUGCAUAAGGUCCUUCUUGACUCUGCAGCUUUACCACCCAAAGCUGUCCACCAUUUUGAUAACCAUGGUAUCAGCAGCAGUCCAGUGAGCUUUUCGACCGAAUCCUUUCUGGAACAAGCCCAAAGGCAACGUGGCCACCUGACUGCUAAUGGAAAUCACUGGACGGGCGCCCAACCGGGAGCUGCUCUGUUAUCAUCAGAGCAAUCAUCGACAGCAGGAACACCGGUAUCAGCUAUGCCACUACCACCAUCAGCCAUAGCAACAUCAACGACAAAGUUAAAUGAUGUUUCCAAGAUCAAGCGCAUCACAAAGGCCCCUCCUCCAAUCCCAACACUAUCAUCAAAGCCCCAUAGAUCAAUAGUCCCACAAAAACAGCGAUAUACCAUGUGUCGAUAUCUCGAUUCGCUUGCUGCUUUUGACGGUCAGAUCUGGAUGGUCUAUGCGGCACGGACCAUGAACCAGCACAAGUGCAAGCAUCUCACAGCUAAAUUCUAUCUUCAUAUCCAAAUGACCAUCCUAAAACAAUCUGCUCACCGUAUUCAAUCCAUGGUCCUCCUACCUGGGUUUAUCUCCCCCAUUUUGCCGUUCGCAAGCAAAAUGAGGGCACUAACGCGGCUACAGCUUGCAGGCGCAUAUAAUAAUUCCGAGCUAGAUCAUCUGAUUCAGCUCCUCCGAGCACGACAAGGGUUCGGGACAAUACCCGGCGCAGGUGGGCCGGGAUUGGGAGAAUGCAAUUUACCACAAGUCAUUGUGUCGGUACCGAAAAGAAAAACAUAUCCCCUCCAUCUUCACAAUAGCCAAAGUCACAACCAUAAUCACGACGAUGGCCAUGGCCAUGAUCAACAGUAUCCUCAAACGGAGGCCCAGCUCGCUCAACAUACUCGACUUCAAUUGCUACAAUUGAUCCAUGCGAUGGGUCAGCCCGUUGCUCUGGACACAACUCCCUGCCAGGAUUUCUCGCUCAUCAGCGAUAAUAUUAGCUGCCAUGUCUUGGAACGACUUUCCAAGUUCAAGCACAUCCUUGGGUUCUUAGAGGGGGACCCAAACAAGUUCUUGAGUCGCUGUAGGGCACUUCAAGAACUAGAUUUUGCUGCAUUUGACCGAAAUGUGUUCUCAUGGGCAGAAGCUGAAAAAAAACAGUGGAUCCAAUAUACAACAAUGCUGUCAGGAGCUACUGUCUCUGAGCUCAGUUUAAGCGACAGUAAAGAUAGGGUCCUAAACAGCCAUGAGAUGAACCAAAAGAGGUCAGAUAUCCUCCCCACUACUUCAGUAAUACCAACAACAACUUUGACCAUACAUUCGCCAUUAUCUUCAUUUGUGCCCACACCACCGACAUUAGUGCAACUCAAGGUGGUUCGGUUGCUUGUUUCAGAGUGGGUGGCGGGAAGGAUCCUACAAUCGCUUUUGUAUUCAUUCUCGCACAGCUUGGUGGAUGUUUUCUUCCAUGUGAACGACCAUUCACAACUACGACAUACUCUCUGCCCAGAUACAGUGGCUCGUCUUGAAAGCGAGGCUACUCCGGACAUUCCAUUCUGCAUCGAUCAUCAGUUUCAAUUACCCAAUCUUAGAAAAUUACGAAUGAUCCGGCUCACGAAUGCUAUUAGCAUUGGUCCAAAUGCCUUUGAGGGCUGUCCCAACUUGGAGAGUAUUCAUAUCAGUGGGGACAUUGUCUGCGGACCAAAUGGUUUAGACGUCUUCCGAAUGCCUCGGUUGGAGCUGUUGGAGCUCGGUAGUGGUACAGCCCAUCAUUUCCGGUUCGAAUCAUUACAACAUUCUCCUCUGCUCAGAUCACUUGCACUCCGUGACAAUACGCUUUAUGAGACCCCGCCCAUUGGGUCGAUGUCUCUUUCACCCAUCCCUUGGACAUGGACACUGGAUUAUUUGGGUAUUAUCCAGAUGUCCGGAAGACCUGCUUCUCAUUUCCGCUUUGAGUGGAUACGGUGCUGUCCGUCCUUAAAGACUCUUGUCGUAGACGGUGUGGCACCAGAGGCAUUACGCCCUAAUAUGGAUGAUGUAGCCAAAGGUAGAUGCGGCACUCAGCUACAGACUUGUGAGCUACAAAUAUACAUAAAACAGGAAUUAAACAAGUUUAGGACCGCUAAAUUACUGGAGACAUACUGCAGCCAAGUUGAACGGCUCAAGUUGACUAAAAAACUUUAUGUUCCUGAAACGGAUUGGAAAAACAUCGAUCUAGGCUUGGCACUGUAUGUUUCUCGGAAAUUGAUUUGCUUGAAAAUGCUAGUCGUACAGUUGGGCCACAAUCAGAUACUGGAGACAGAGAUGGAAAAAUAUGGGUUGGUGAGGGGGAUGUCCCGCCAAAAUACGACUAUUUGGUGUCCUUCUUUAAGACUCAAAGAGUGUUGGAUUGAGAUUAUGGAAGCGGGCGAAGGCUGUCGCUUCUUCCGUCAGAAACAAUCGUGGCUUUCCCCACUUGAGGAACUGCUCCAUUCUGACACCAACCUUGGAAAAGAAAGCUGA